AUGUUCUAUGUGAAGGAGAGGUCUCAGACCAUUGUGAUGCUGGCCAAUCUGGUGGAGGCCAGUUCUGUCAAGUGUCACAAGUACUGGCCAGAGACUGGGACCCUGUCCUUUGGUCCCUUCAAUGUCACCAUCACAGGACAACAGAUACUGGCUGACUACACCACUCGGGAGUUUAGUGUCCAGCUGUCAGACAGCUUAGAACCAGCUCUGAGUGUGACUCAGUUCCACUUCACAGCCUGGCCUGACCAUGGAGUGCCUGACUAUGCCACUUCACUUCUGGCCUUCCACAAGAAAGUGAAGAAACAUCACAAGAGAGGAAUGGGACCAAUGAUUGUUCACUGCAGUGCUGGUGUGGGUAGGACAGGGACUCUGAUAACUAUUGACUGUGUUCUUGAGCAGCUGCAAGAGGAGGAGAAGGUGGUGGAUAUAGCUGGUGUCAUCAUCCACCUCCGCACACAGAGAAUGAAAAUGGUCCAGAGCUUGGAACAGUACAUGUUUAUCCACGAUGCUAUACUUGAGGCUGUAACAUGUGGUGACACUCAAAUUGAUGCCAGUCUAUUCAGCAGAAGAAUUACAGAAAUGAGUCAUCGUUACCCACAGACUCAACUUACUGAAUAUGAAAACCAGUUUCGGGUACUUGAAAAAGUGUCUCCUAAGCCAUGGGAGAUACCUAGGAACAAGGCUCUACAACAUCCGUUCAAGAAUCGCAAUGACUACUACCUCCCCAGUGACGACUGGGGAGUUGUUUUAAGAGGUGAUAAGCAAGACUACAUCCAUGCAACGUUUGUUAAUGGUUACAAGCAAAAGAGAGCAUUCAUCAUAGCUCAGAGUCCCAUGGAGUCCACAGCCAGAGAUUUCUGGAAGAUGGUCCAUGACAGGAAGUGUGGAGUCAUUGUUAUGCUCUGUGACUUGUUGGAAGAUGGACAGGUAUAAUCUGUAAAGUGUAUUAUUCUGACGUAACAUGUUCCAUGCUAUAAUAAAUGCAGGAGACAUGUUAUCAAUACUGGCCUGUGCGCGAGGAAUGGCUCAGUUCCGAGAAUAUACUGUUGACCUCAUGGAAGAAAAGCCUGUUAAAGGUUUCGUAAUGCGCACACUUGUUGUCGUCAAUGAGAAGGCUGGCAGUGCCCACCAGGUGGUUCAGUUGCACAUGACUAACUGGAGUCCUGAUGGCAGCUGCUCUCACCUGGCCACUAUCACCAGUGUGAUAAAUGAGAUGUCUGCCAUUCAGAGGAGAACUGGGAACAAUCCUAUCAUAGUCCAUUGCAGUGACACAGUGGGUAGGUCAGGGAUGUUCUGUGCCAUAGUCACCACCAUUGAGAGGUGUAAGACAGAGGGAGUGGUGGAUGUGUUCCAGGUGGUCAAGGCUCUCAGGGUACACAAACCUGGAGCUGUCCUCACUGUGGCUCAAUAUGAAUUGGUGUUUCAAGCUGUGCUGGUGUAUCUAAGGUCAUUUGAGACAUACAGCAACUUCAGGAAUCUCUCUCUAUGACUGUUCCAACCUGAGUAUUUGGAACGAUCAACUAAUUUUUGUAUACUCUGUUGCUAUCAAGCUUAU